CAGGCGCCGCUGCUCCCCGCCAACGACUCUUACCACGGCCGAAACUGCAGCGCCGAGGAAGGGAUCUACCAAGAUGCCACCCCCCUCUCCGGGAAGAUCGUGCUCGCCGUCGUCCUGGCGCUCGUCACCCUGGCCACGGUGCUCUCCAACGCCUUUGUCAUCGCCACGGUCUACCAGACGAGGAAACUCCACACGCCGGCCAACUAUCUCAUCGCCUCGCUGGCCGUCACCGACCUCCUCGUCUCUAUCCUCGUCAUGCCCAUCAGCACCAUGUACACUGUGACCGGCAAGUGGACGCUGGGCCAGAUCGUCUGCGAUAUCUGGCUGUCCUCGGACAUCACCUGUUGCACGGCGUCCAUCCUGCACCUCUGUGUCAUCGCCCUGGACCGCUACUGGGCGAUCACCGACGCCGUCGAGUACUCCACGAAACGGACUCCCAAGCGGGCAGCGGGCAUGAUCGCUCUGGUGUGGGUCUUCUCCAUCUGCAUCUCCAUGCCCCCUUUGUUUUGGCGGCAGGCGAAGGCCGAGGAAGUCUCUCACUGUGUGGUGAACACGGACCACGUCCUCUACACCGUGUACUCCACGGUGGGAGCCUUCUACUUCCCCACUCUGCUGCUGAUAGCCCUCUACGGGAGGAUCUACGUGGAAGCCAGAUCGCGGAUUUUGAAGCAGACGCCAAAGAAAGCAGGUAAAAGACUAACGCGGGCUCAGUUAAUCACAGACUCCCCGGGGUCGUCCUCCUCCGUCACGUCCAUAAACUCCAAGGCCGCCGAGGGCUCCAGCGAAACGGGCUCUCCGGUGUACAUGAACCAGGUGAAGGUGAAGGUCUCGGAUGCCCUGCUGGAGAAAAAGAAGCUCACGGCCGCUAGAGAGCGGAAGGCUACAAAGACUUUAGGGAUUAUUUUAGGAGCCUUCAUCGUCUGUUGGCUGCCCUUUUUCAUCAUCAGCCUGGUGUUGCCUAUUUGCAAGGACGCUUGCUGGUUCCACAUGGCCAUCUUUGACUUUUUCACGUGGCUUGGAUAUCUCAACUCCCUCAUCAACCCCAUCAUCUAUACUAUGUCUAACGAAGACUUCAAACAAGCUUUCCACAAACUCAUACGUUUCCGAUGCACAAGCUGAAAAUUUUGAAUGCGAUGUGUUCUCCGGCGCUGCCCCCAUGCACGCCCG